GCGGGGACGGCGGCGCCGGCGGGAGCUAGGAGCCGCGCGCACAGCGGUCCCGGCGCCCUCCCCGCACACAAAGGCCCGCGCGCGUCCGGCGCCCGCGGCGGGGACCGAGGCCCUCCUGCUUGCUCCGCGGGCCGGGAGCCGCGAAGACCGAGGAGGCUCCCGCGCGCCCGCAGGCGCCUCUCGCCGCUCCGCGCUCCGGGACAUGGAACCGCGCCGACGCGGCGCCCGCGCGCUCGGGCCGCUGCCCACCCCCCUGGAUCUAUAGUGCGAGGCGGCCCGCUCGGAGCGCAGCGUCCGCCGCCAGCGCGAGUCGUCUCUCCGCCUUUGUGUCCCGGCCGCGCGCCCUCCCUGCCGCCCCGCGCCCGGCACCCUGGAGCCACACGGGAGCCUGCCGUCCGAGCUGCGUCCGGCGCGGCGCCCCGGAGCCCCGAGCCCGCCGCGCCGCCGCGCCCCGCGCGUGCGCUCCCGCCCCGCGCCCUGAGGGCCCCGAGCGGAGCGCCCCCCGACCUCGGCGACGCCUGGAGCUGCUCGGCGCGCCCCGGAGCUGCCUGCCGUCUCCUCCUUGUGUGCCCCGAGGAUUGGGGCUCCGGCCUGCGCCCAUUCCCUCCGUCGUCCGGAGUGCGCGGAGCUGGGAGCGGCUUGGCCAUGGCCGCGAGGAGGGACUCCGUGUGGAAGUACUGCUGGGGAGUUUUGAUGGUUUUAUGCAGAACUGCCAUUUCCAGGUCGAUAGUUUUAGAGCCCAUCUAUUGGAAUUCCUCGAACUCCAAAUUUCUACCUGGACAAGGACUGGUACUAUACCCACAGAUAGGAGACAAAUUGGAUAUUAUUUGCCCCAAAGUGGACUCUAAAACUGUUGGCCAGUAUGAAUAUUAUAAAGUUUAUAUGGUUGAUAAAGAGCAAGCAGAUCGAUGCACUAUUAAGAAGGAAAAUACCCCUCUUCUCAACUGUGCCAGACCAGACCAAGAUGUAAAAUUCACCAUCAAGUUUCAAGAGUUCAGCCCUAACCUCUGGGGUCUAGAAUUUCAGAAGAACAGAGAUUAUUACAUUAUAUCUACAUCAAAUGGGUCUUUGGAGGGCCUGGAUAACCAGGAGGGAGGGGUGUGCCAGACAAGAGCCAUGAAGAUCCUCAUGAAAGUUGGACAAGAUGCGAGUUCCGCUGGGUCAACCAGGCAUAAUGAUCCGACACGACGCCCAGAACUAGAAGCCGGUACAAAUGGAAGAAGUUCAACGACAAGUCCCUUUGUCAAACCAAAUCCAGGUUCCAGCACAGACGGCAGCAGUGCCGGGCAUUCGGGGAACAACAUCCUCGGUUCCGAAGUGGCCUUAUUCGCAGGGAUUGCUUCAGGAUGCAUCAUCUUCAUCGUCAUCAUCAUCACGCUGGUGGUGCUCCUGCUCAAGUACCGGAGGAGACACAGGAAGCACUCGCCGCAGCACACGGCCACACUGUCGCUCAGCACGCUGGCCACCCCCAAGCGCAGCGGCAACAACAGCGGCUCGGAGCCCAGUGACAUUAUCAUCCCGCUGAGGACUGCGGACAGUGUGUUCUGCCCCCACUACGAGAAGGUCAGCGGGGACUACGGGCACCCCGUGUACAUAGUCCAGGAGAUGCCUCCCCAGAGCCCGGCGAACAUUUACUACAAGGUCUGAGACGCGGCGGUGCCUUCGCUUUCCCGGAGGAAGCCCACUGUCCCGCCACCGCCCCGAGGAGGGUUUGAUGACCCCCCCGUGUCUCGAAUGGACCGGAGCACGGCGGGGGAGAGGGAGCACUCCUUCUCGGAAGAGCCCUGUUGAGUUGGACAGCUUACCUAGUCUGUAGCGCCCGGACCGCGGUGAAGACAGACGCCCACCGCCGGCCGGGAGACUGGCGUGGAAGGUGCCCGAUGGGACCGCAGCGCCCGCCUCCCCCCUCCACCUCCAAGCCAUGCGCCGCGGUCACCUGGGCCUGCAGGAAGCCGAGGGCGACAGAGCGGCAGCGGGCGUGGGGGGGACUGGGCGAGCCGUGAGCAUCCCGGGCAGGUGUCCCCCGGGGGCCGCGGGGCCUGGAAACGCCGCCUUCUGCCUUGGGCGUCCCUCCCGAGGAGCGUCCGGACUUGUCACACAGACCUCUGGCUGGGGGAGGCUUUCAGAGGUCCUGCGCCCAGUCCUCACCGUUGCACACACCCCUGCCGACCUCCGGGGCCCUGCAGCGCGAGCCCCUCACUCCACACCCCGCAUCACUGCUGGCACACUCACCUUGGGAGUCUCCUGCCCCCGCGCCACGGCAGCUGGAGCCAAUGGGUCCUACACUUCUAGAAAUUGCGUCUGCUACUAAGGAGCCUUCAGCUGCGGAAGACCAGAAAGACCAGGAGCUCAUGGAAGGGGGCGGGCCAGGAUGGGGGGUGGGGGUGGGGAGGGCUGUCUGCAAAUGCAGUUCAACGCUGCUGCUGGUGCGUCGGGAGCAGAAAGUCGAGGGAGAACCCCAAUUAGGUAGCACAGCACUUUGGUUGGCUGAGGUUUUAAGAGGCAAGUAGGAGACACCACGCACGCGAUGGGGUGGGGUGCCUUGGAAGGGAUCCGCCGAUCAAAUGGCAACGCGCAGGAGGAGCACAGUCUCUCUCCGCUGGGUAGGACAAAGGGGCAUUGUCGUAGAGGGGCGGGCCGGGAGGGCCGCCGAUGACAGAUCUGGGCAGGACUGUUGUCGUACUGGCAAUAAGGCGCACGGCCUCGGCGCUGUAGGAGAGUCGGUCGGCUUUGGAUGAUGUCUGAAGCAGACUCAGCUGCUAUACUGAUCACAUUUUAUGAAACACAGGGAAAGCAUUUAGGAGAACAGCAGAGAGCCGGAUCUGACCUAGAAGUUUACAAGCCAAAGGUCAAACAGGCUGUGAUUCCAUCAUCAUCCAUGUUAUUGAGGCAUUCUCCUAUGUGAAAGGUAGGUCAGAUUCCCCACCCCCCCCCGUGCCCUCCCCCCGCACCCCCACUUGAGCCUCACGACACUUUGGUUUAUGGCGGUGCUGUCCUGUCCGGCUGCAAGGGCGGACGCGGAGGUACUGAGCAAGGCCACAGCCCGCAGGCUGUGUCCAGGUGACGCAUACUGCGAACUUCUUUGAGUCCUUAAGACGGAAAUAAAUCAUGAUGUCGAGGGGGGAGGAAGAUGGCACGUAUUUAUAACAGGUAUAUAGAACACAAGGGAUAGAAACUGACAGAUUUGUACUAAUAUAUAUUUUAAGAUUGCACACAAAUCACACCAGAAAGACGUGAAAUUCACUUGUGGCAAUUACGUGGUCCCAACGCUCAGUGCUUAAAAAAAGAAAAAUUGGACAGCUCCAUCUGGGAAAAACAACAUCACUCCAAAAAUAACAAUAACGGGAGUAAAUACAAAAAUAACCCAGUCCUCUGAAGGCAUCUCACGUAACCGUAGACUAGGAAAUACAAGCCCUGCAUACCAGGAAAUGGAUGUUACCGCAUCAUAUAUUUAACAGUGGCAAGAUGUUCCGGCAUUUCAUUUCUGUGUUGUGUAUUCCCUUGCCUUAUGGCUGAAGUGUUCGCUAAAAUCCACCGGGUCCCCUCAGAGGGGGCUUAGGGCUGAAAGUUGAGCUCCGGCCCCCUUCCCCCACCCCCUCCCCGUCCCCUCCCUUUUGGGAAACAAAACGAG